AUGUCAGUAGCUUCUGCAGAAACCACCUCCGAGCGUACCACUGUCCUCAGUCUUCCUAUCGAACUCGUUAGGGAGAUGUUUUUGUAUUGCGCACCCACAACGGCGGAACUAGAGACUGGCCCUCUGACACGGUUACCUCCACUAGUUCUGACCGCUGUCUGUCAUCAUUGGAGGGAAAUCGCGCUCUCUAUGCCCGAAAUUUGGUCUACAAUCCAUUUGACCAUAGCAACCCACGAUAGCGAUGCCGUUCCGUUCAUUCAACGCUGGCUUUCUCGUGCCCAGCAACAACCUUUGGACAUUUCACUGUCUCUCGUUUCCUCAGACCACGACCAGCGGCUUGUUGAGCUUUUCGAGAGUUAUAGAGCACAAUGGAAAGAAAUCGCGUUGAAGGUUUCCUCACGAUAUCUUGUGGAACUAUCUGCGACCAUCCCCAUACCGAGUAUACGUCGCCUCAGCCUCGACGCCUUCGACACAGACGCGGAUGCAGAGACUCCUCAGAUCAAGGCUUUCCAAAUUGCUCCAAUGCUCCAACAUCUUACCCUCGGUCUCCUUCCCCGCCCAAGCCAGUUGGAUGUUCCAUACCACCAACUCACAUCCCUCACAUUCACCAAAACCCGACCGGAGGACCUGUUACGAUGUCUUCUCAUGACUCCGCGUCUGGUCAAGUGCGUCGCGGACGUCAAUAUCGACUCCUUCGGUGCACCGGCACUGGGCGCUAUCCCCGCAUCCAGCCUCCCGAAAUUGGAGUAUUUCUCCCUACGUGGAUCGAACCUUACCGCGUAUAUUAUUCGGCUGCUGACAAUCCCCGCUCUCGCGUCGCUGGGCUUUACUGAACGGGGCGGUCUGAACGCUGAAGAUUUGACCGCGAUCUCAUUCUUCUUUGAACGUUCAUCGGUGUUUCAUAAUCUCCGCUCGCUCCAGCUCUAUUUUAUCCGCGGCGCCAUGACUCAGCAUGUACUGGAACUGCUGGCCACUCUUCCCGGUCUAGAGCAGCUAGAUUUUGACGCGACAGAGGCGCAAACGGUCGCUUCGCUGUUCACCAAGAUGCUUUCAAUUUAUGAGUCAGACUCGACUGCUCAUGACAGUUUUCUACCAAAACUACAAUCGCUUCGGGUUACGACACACAGGAAAUACGACGCAGGGGCACACGAGAUGCUCUGUGCUCUGUGCGAUGUCGUCACAGAGCGAUGCCAAACACCGGAGUUGACAGACCAUGGAGACUUUGUGUUCCUUUCUCGGAUAGAACUGAAAAUGGAGUAUAAUGAUGCAACGCCGGAUGAGUGGAUGCUGCACAUAUGGCGGAAUGCAAAGUUGCGGGGGGUGCAGCUCAAUGUUCAAACGAGGAAUUUCCGAAGAUGGGUUUAA